AUGUCUCAGGACAAGGCAGACCAGGAGGACGAGUUGCUUGCCUUAGCAAGUAUCUAUGAGGAGGAAUUCCAUCGAGCGGAUUUAGCCCAGGGGGGAGAGAUUCAGCUCUGCGUAAAGCUUCCACCCGGUUUCAAAGCUGUCGUCACAGGAGAGAAGAAAACCGAAUAUAAUAUCAGCUUCUUACCUCCUUUGGUUCUCAACUUUGAGCUCCCUGAAGACUAUCCAUCUGCAAAUUCACCAAGCUUCACUAUCAGCUCCAAAUGGAUGACCAGAGGACAGAUGAGCCAUCUUUGCCGACGCUUAGAUGAACUAUGGGAGGAGAACCGAGGCUGCGUAGUUCUCUUCACGUGGAUUCAGUUCCUCAGCGAGGAGGUUUUGGAAUUCCUGGGAAUCCAGUCUCCACUCAUUGUCACCAAGCAUGAAAGUAAGGAGAGCGGGGAUCGCAGCAGGAAAGCUGAUCACGCCGCCAAAGCUGUUACAAGUCCUUGCGAAACCUCAGAGAACAUAAGAGUGCUGAAAAAGGACAAGUGUGACCAGCAGGCAUCCGCCCCAUUUGACCCGCGGGCUAUCGUUUCUAUUGACACGCGGACCGACCUCCUACCUCAUCUGCUGGACUUUGACGAAGAACAGCGGCAGAAGGUGUUCAACUGCACUCAGUUCUGCUGCGCCAUUUGCUUUUCGGAAAAGCGUGGCUCCGACUGUCUUUGCUUUAAGGAGUGCCAGCACGUCUACUGCAAAGCCUGCAUGACGGAAUACUUCCAGAUCCAAAUAAGGGAUGGCAACGUCCGGUGCCUUAAUUGCCCGGAGCCCAAGUGCUCCUCUUUAGCCACGCCUAUGCAGGUCAAGCAACUGGUAGACGAGGAGCUGUUCGCCCGCUACGACCGCCUGCUACUCCAGUACAGUCUGGACGGCAUGGCCGAUGUGGUGUACUGCCCCCGCCAGUCCUGCGGAACGGCGGUCAUGGUGGAGCCCGACACCACCAUGGGCAUCUGCUCGGUUUGCCAGUAUGCUUUUUGCACGCUGUGCAAGAUGGGCUACCACGGGGUCUCUCACUGUAAGAUACCUGCAGAGGAAUUACGCAGCCUCCGAGAUGAGUACCUGUCGGCUACUGUCGAGGGCAAAAAGUUUAUGGAACAGCGAUUUGGCAAAAGAGUGAUCCAGAAAGCCGUGGAAGAGUCCUUCAGCAGAGACUGGCUCAAUGAAAACUGCAAAAACUGUCCUUACUGUGGCACAAACAUACAGAAAGUGGACGGCUGCAACAAAAUGACGUGCACCUCUUGCCGUCAUUAUUUCUGCUGGUUGUGCCUGGGCCUGCUCAACAAAGCCAACCCGUACAGUCACUUUAACAACCCACACUCGCCCUGCUACAAACAGCUCUUCCAAGGUGUGGAUCUGGAUGAUGAGGAUGCCUUAUGGAGUGAUGAAGAAGAAGAGGACUGA